AUGUAGCACAAAACGGGCAAACGGUCCAAACGUCAAAAGGUGAUAUUUCGUUAGCGGGAAAAGGGAAAAAGAAUUUCGAUGUCUUUCAUUUUCUAUGUAAAUUGAUAUUUUUAAACUUUUGUAAAUAAUAAAUUAUUGAUAUGAUGUCGGUAGAUAGCAACAAAAACCAAGAUCAGGAAAGCAAUGAAAAUACAUCAGAAGAAUAUCCAAUAAUUCCUAAUUUAUUACUGGAUAGGCCAAAAGAAUGGACUUAUACUAUGAGAAGAUGUAUGCAGAAAGUGAUACCUGGUUUGUAUAUCGGACCAUACAGUGCUGCAAGUCGAUCCAAAUUAGAAUCUCUGCUUGAACACGGUAUCACUCAUAUAAUCUGCGUUAGACAGGAUAUAGAAGCACAUUUUAUACGGCCAAACUUUCCGGAUAAAUUUAAAUAUCUGGUGUUGAAUAUAGCUGACACUAUAUCGGAAAAUAUCAUCCAACAUUUUAAAAACGUUAAAGAAUUUAUAGACGAAGGUAUAAAUUCUGGUGGUCAAGUUUUAGUUCAUGGUAAUGCAGGAAUAUCAAGAUCGUCCGCAUUAGUUAUAGCAUAUUUAAUGGAAACAUAUGGACUUUCACGAACUUAUGCGUUUACACUAUUACAACGAAAGAGAUUCUGUAUAAAUCCAAACAGCGGAUUCAUGGCACAAUUAAAAGAAUACGAACCUAUAUAUAAAGCGCAAGGAACAUUGAGAAAUAACCAACAAAAAUCGAUAAAAGAACGAGGCAAACGAACGAUUCAUCAAAUGAAUAUUGGACGAGUAGAAGAUAGAACGAAUACAAUGGACAGUUGAUAGCAUAUAACUACUGAAAUAUGGAUUAUUACAAAAACAUUUAAUCCAAAUAUAUUGGUAAUUAAAGUACUGGUUAUAAUAUAUUUUGGAUUUAAAUCAAUAAAACAACUUAACACUUUUUUGACCGCUAGCCGAUUCAUCGGCUGACUUUUCAUUGCAAACGUUCAUCAACAGCUAGUCGAUUAAUUGUCUUUUCUAUUGCUAGAAACAAAUGCACACACGUCUAAGAAGCCGGUAAUAACUGAACGGCAGCCUUAAAAACGAGCGGUCAAAUAAGUGUUAACAUUAGUUGAAACACGUUUCUUUUGUUUAACUUUUAAAUACAUCUUGACGACUGUCAUUAAUGGCAAAUAAUUGCCAAAUAUAAAUAACAUUUUUAAACGAAAUUUUUUCGUUAAUUAAUUAAUGUUGACAAAUUCUCAUGAUAUAUCGAAUAACAUUUCUGUACACCAAAGUUAUAAAAUUGAAAAAAUAUAGUCAUAAUAAACAUUAAUUCAAAAUUA